GGCCGGCCGCUAGUUCACUCGAAUUAACUCCCAAUACUAAACGUACCUUCCUCCAAAGUCACUAAAAUUACUAAAACAUGAAUGAAAUCCCUUCGGUUCCUGAAUGAUCGGUAUCCCAAGUGACAGAAAUAGAAGCGGAUCCGAGGGUUGGGCUACAUCUGUCAGUGUUGAGAAUGGCGCCGUGAGCGCUUACCGCGUCGGCGAUGGCGCGUUACAGAUGGACGCUAGCUCUAAUAAUAAUCUGCCUGCCCAUCCUAGCAACAGUGAUAACCGCAUUCCGUGUACGUGAUUUACCUAAAAACCUCCAGGAAACUCUCAAAGCCGAGCUGAAGAAACAUAAGUGUGACGAUUGUGACGUGAAUGACCCUAGUGUGCAUAGUGUUAAAAUUGAAAGUGCUACGAAACGCUAUGAAGAGCUGAAGAAAGCAGUUCGCGAGAAACAACAGGAGUUACAUCAUAAAACUACUGAUAAUAAACCUCAUAAGUUUGUAGAUGAUAGUGAUGAUGAUGAUGACGACGAUGACGAUUUGGAUUUUUUGAAAAGUCAAACCAGUUUUAAGCGGGAUGAACACUCAAAAGUUGCUAAAGCGAAAAAAGAUAUCACUGUAAGUAAGAAAGUGACCAGUAGUAAAAAGCCUACUCCACACGACGAUGAUGAUGAUGACGACGACGACGACGACGACGAUGAUGACGAUGACGAUGACGAUGACGAUGAUGACCUUAGUUCUGUCAAAAAAGUGAAUUCUGGUGACGUGAAAAAGAAAAGUGAUGGAAGUAAAAAACAAAGUUCUAAAGGAUCUAGAUCUAAAAAAGUGUUGUUGAAAACAGUAGAUGAUGAUGACGAUGAUGAUGACGACGAUGACGACGACGACGACGAUGAUGAUGGUGACGAACAAUCAAAGUUAAAAUCUCAAAUUAGGAAGAAGAGUGAACUAGAAGAAAAACAAAAAUCUAAAGGAACUAAAGGUAAAGAAUCGCCGAAAAAAGUUAAAGUAAAGGACGAUGAUGACAAGGACGAUGAUGACGAUGAUGAUGAUGACGAUGAUAAUGAUGACGACGAUAAUAAAUUGAAACCCUCAAAAAAGAAAGCUACUUCCGAAAACAAACAAAAAUCCAAGGGAACUGACGCCAAACAAACAAAACAAACAAUAGAUAAACAUGACGACGAUGAUGAUGAUGAUGAUGAUGAUGACGAUGAUGAUGACAAAAAAGAUAAAACGGUAAAAAAAGUGCCUGCGGAUAAACAAAAAGCUAAAGUAUCACAAUCUGAGGUAGCAAAAAAAGGUAAAGUGGAUGAUGAUGAUGACGAUGACGAUGAUGAUGAUGACGAUGAUGAUGACAUUUACAGUGGUUUGAAGAAAAUGGCUAAGUCGAAAACUGUGGUGCACAUGCCUAAGCCAGAGAAAUCUGAAAAACCACAUAAUGAUGUACAGAAAGAUAGACCUCCUGUAAAAGAUGAUAGCAAAGAUAAGGUGGCCAAACAGAAAAAACAAGAAGAUAAAAAAGCCGAACAAGCAAAGAAAGAAUCAAAACCAGUAACCAAACUAGAAGAUGACAAAAAACCAUCUGAAAAACCAAAGAAGAAAGAUGAAAAAAAGGAUGAUUCUCAUCCAAAAGAUACUCCAAAAAAAACUAAAGAGCCCGAAAAAGAUGUAAAACCUAAAGACCAGAAAGAAGUUAAACCUAAACCACAAUCAAAACCGAAAACCGAUUCAAAAGAAAAGAUUGAUAAAUCGAAAGGAGCUGAAACCAAGAAAUUUAAAAAGGACAGCUCAGCAGAAAUGUUGUUAGAGAGUCGUGAAAUCUACUCUAGUGGUGAUAAAAUAAAACAUGUGACAGAUGCUUUGCAUAGACGGAACUUGCUUCAGAGUGAAUUUGAGGACUUUUAUGCAUUCUUUCCGACAUUUGCACCGAAUUUCUCACGGAUCCACAAUCCGGAAUGUCGACGACAUGGGCAGAUUCUGUUGCGGCAGUUGCGAGGGACCAAAUUAUGGGCAUUGAAUAUGUUGGACGCGACAGCGAAGAUACCCUCGGGGAUACUCCAAGGCAAUGGCAUUCAGUUGGGAGACUUCGACCAGUGUCUGAACAGCCGAGCUAAGGUGCAGCUGGACACUGGUAGCGUGGUGAAAGUCCAGGGUCAGUACUGCCUGGCGAAACUGGAUGUCAAAGCGGAAAAUGAAGAACUGGAGAUCCCAGUCCACCUUGCGCUGGCCAAGAACCUGAUCAAGAGCCGGCUUGAUGAUCCAGGUCACUUUGUGCCGCGCUUCUCCACGUUGAGUUGGGGCGUGUGCGUGCCGGCCGCGUGCUCACCCGAGGACGCAGAGAUCGUGGUCAAAGAUGCUGUUAAGCAUUACCAGCAUCGAGCAGGCUUCGUCAUCAGGGUCAAGGUCGACGAAGAUGACUGUCACACGCAAGAUGCAGACUGGUGGGACGACUGGAUGGAACUGCCUACUGUUUUGACAUUGUCCUUUUAUAGCGUGAUAAUUCUUCUGGUCUUCAUAGCAACUCUGCAAGACUUCUUAGCUAGAAGAAAGUCUGAUGAACAACCAACUAAAAAUGAUGAAGAAAAUGACCAGACUGAGAGUGAAGAAAAUGAGACUAAGAAUGAAGAGGAGAAAGAACCAGAAAGUAAAGAGUCAGACGGCUUCCUCAGCUCAUUCUCCCUGUACCGCACCAUCAGCAAGCUGGUCGCCCCAGGCACUGACGACGACAUCGCUUGCAUCCAUGGAGUGCGAGGUCUCGCCACCCUGGCGCUGCUGGUCGCUCACAAGUUCCUGCCAGUCGCCGUUAUGCCAUAUACCAAUCGCCUUCAGAUUACCGAGACAGUAAGCUCCCCUAUCUGGUCGUGGGCUCGUGCGGGUUGGAUGUACACCGACUGUUUCCUGCUGCUCAGCGGAGCCCUGACUGCGCAGAAGAUCUCCGACACGUCCAGCGCACCUUGGAGACUCUUUACCAGAUACCUCAGAUUAACGCCAGCCCUUCUAGCCGUGGUAUUAUUCUACGCAUAUAUUUGGGACCUGACCUCAAGCGGUCCCAUGUGGGGCACGCUAGUCACCAAGAACGCUGAGGUCUGCGAAGAAAGCUGGUGGUGGAAUCUGCUUUAUGUGCAGAAUUACUUCGGCUUUGAAGAUAUGUGCGCACCACAAACCCACCAGUUAGCUCUGGACAUGCAACUAACAAUCCUUGGAGGCAUCAUAGUAUGGGCCGUGCAAUCAGGACACAUCGUCUCCAAGUUCAUCCUGCCAGCUCUUCACAUCCUGGCUGGUUACUCCCGCUACACCUACUUCAGGGACCAUCGACUUACACUGCUGGCAUAUCAUGGAGUCACAGUAAGUCAGCUCUACAGAACGGCAAGGUUAAGCUACACCUCGAUACUCCAUCGCUCUACACCCUACCUCGUGGGAAUAAACCUGGGAUUGGAUUUGAAGAACGGGGUUGAACAUGGCAAGUUCUACCGUGGGCUGGGUUGGUUAGUAAGCACUGCGAUGUGGUGUUCAGUGUUGUGGGCUGGUUUCGACUCAGGGUCCACCACAUACCGCUAUAACGCCACAUUUGCUGCCCAAUAUGCUGCGUUUGCGCCCUUCGCGUCUGCCAUCGGCAUUGGAUGGCUCAUCUACGCUGUUCAUACUGGUACUCCAGGAUUCCUAUCAAGCCUGCUAUGUUGUAGACCUCUAGUUCUGAUCAGCCGGCUUUCGUAUGCCCUGUACCUCUGCCAGUUUGUGGUUUUUCUCACAAACGCAGCUACCGUCAGGACAUCUUCUGAAUUCACCCUUAUGUCUUUGGUUGAUGUCCAAGAAAUAUCAGCAAUAUUGUUAUCAUCAACAAUUCUUACUUUGACUUUCGUCAUACCCAUGCAGUCUCUACACAAACUGUUCACUUUCUCAUUCAAAUCUGAAGGUCAAGAAGAAAGCAAAGACGAAGAAAAAGAAUCUGAAGAAAAAGCAGAAGAUCCAGAUCAGGAAAAGGAGAUAGAUCAAAAUCACGUUGAUAUAGAAGAAGUAACAGAAGUCCCACAAUCAAGAAGCAGACAAAGUUUUCUUGCGCAUAGAGAAGUUCUAGAAGAAAUCCCAGAAGCAGAAGUGGAAUAUGAAAUGCAAAGAGAAAAGAAUGAUGGUCUCGAAGAAAUUUUAGAGGAAGAGGAAGAAGAAGAUGAGGAGAUGGCGAAUCACAUAGAUGAGGAAGAUUUAGAAAUUAUUGAGGAAGAAGGUGGUGAAGACUUUUGGGAGGACCGAGAAGAAGGGUAUACUCCAAGAAGAUCUUAUGUGAGAGAGGAAGAUGGAGAUGAAUGGGAGUGGACGAAUAGUGGCAGUGGAAGAGGAGCUCAAUACUAUCGGUACUCAAGAUAACGUUGUUUUUGUUUAUUAUUUAAAUUAAUAAAUCCCUAUUUGAGUUUUUAA